AAGGCAUGGCUGAUCUAUAAGCUUCAAGAGAAGGAAAAGAAAUUCUGGUGGACGGGUCUACACAGAGAAGAAAACAACGAUUGUAAAACAGACUUCAGGUGGAUCGACGAUACAAAACCUGAUUUUGUUAAUCUUGUGAAAUGGAACAAGGAACCUAACAAUUGGGAUGGUAACGAACACUGCGGAGAGAUUCUUAAGAACGGAGUCCACAACGACCAGAACUGUGCCCAGAAACGUGGCUAUAUCUGUAAAGAUGAUAUUCCUUUGGGAGAACUGAACUGUCCAUACGGCUGGUUUGAACGGAAUCUAAAUUGUUAUUAUAUAAGUACACGGGUUCCUAGUGAAAUGGUAGACUGGGAAGGUGCCAAGACUAAGUGCAAGUCCUUGUUUAAUGCCACCGCCAACUGCAAUCUGUUGUCCGUAUCAAGUUCCAAAGAGAGGGAUUUUAUAACAGAAAUGGUGAGUCAUUAUUGGAACGUCAGAUCUCACUCGUCCGGCUGGUGGACUGGCCUGAAUGAUCUCUCGGACGGCAGGUGGAAGUGGCUUGACAAUACCACCCCCGCAGGCAGUGAUACCAUGAUAUGGAACCAAGAACCAAACAGCUAUGGUUUAAACAAUGAACAAUGCGCAGCAAUCUACUAUGACUCGUCGUAUCACGACCAGAACUGUGACAUCAAACACAGAUAUAUAUGUUCGC